AUGAAGGCCACUAGUUCACCCUUCGUGGCAUGCAGGACCUGCUCUUGCAAACUUUAUCCCUACACGUACCCUCCACUGGAGGAGGGAGACACGCAGAUCAGGCUUCUUGAGCUCGAACCGAGCCUGGAGGCUGCCGCCAACAUUCAUGCAAAGCUGCGGACUUAUGCCAUCGACUCUGCGCCGGCAUACACAGCGAUAUCCUACAAAUGGAGAUCCAAGAAUCCCUUGCGCGCCAUUCACCUGGACGGCAUGCGCUUCUUUGCACGCGACAAUCUCGUAGACAUGUUCAGAUGCCUACGAGAUCCACACCAGCCUCGCAUGUUGUGGAUCGACGCCGUUUCCAUCGAUCAGUCUAAUGUCCAAGAGCGCAACAGCCAGGUCGAGAAGAUGGGAACAAUUUACGAACGAGCCGAAACCGUGGUCGCUUGGCUAGACCUGCGAGAUGAGGACGCCCUCCGAAAGGUGUCGCAGCUUCUAUCGACUCCAAGACUCUGGCAAUAUACCGACUUCCGGAAAAAGAGUGAGGAUGCCCAAGAACUUUGGGGGGCUUUGGAGACGGUUAUGGAGCACGACUAUUGGACUAGGUCAUGGAUCAUCCAGGAGAUCGUCAUCGCCGACCGUGUCACACUUCAAUCAAAAUCCUUCGCCAUGCCAUUAAGUCUCCUCGAAGACUUUGCCUACUGGGUCAUGGUCCGCAGAGAUAAAUCUAAAUGGAUCCACCCAGACUGGAAAGCCAUUGCCACGGCAAAAUGUAUCCAGUUAUGCGAGCAUCGAACAGCCGCGUCCAGUCUCUCAAACUCUCGUCAACCCUUACAACAUCUCCUGAUGCGCUAUGCCGACUUCGAAUGCAUGGAUCCUCGAGACAAGGUUUAUUCGGUACUCAACCUUUGCAUUCAGCUCGACCCGCCAAUCACCGUCAACUACGCCUUUACCUGUGCCGAGCUGUUUGUCGAGGUAUUAUGGUGCUUGAUUUGGUCCCAGGAGUUGGGAGCGAGGGAAGUCGUGGGGACGGCCGCCCUGUUAUACAAGCACCUCCUCUGCGACUAUGCAUCCGAGACUGAGCGGCGAAACGCAGUGUAUGCGGUGCGUAGCACAUUAAAAUUCAACAUCGAACCAUAUCCUCGAGGCCACGUCGCCUCUGGAGCCUUGAGUUACGACGAGCGGCUGCAACUACUCGAUGGUAUUCGCAAGCAAGCCGCAGGAAUGCGGGCGUUGCCGAGCCACAGGUCCUAUUAUAGAGACUAUGAGAAAUGGGUCAAUUUCCCCGACGUCCAGAAGGCGCCGCUAGUCCAGCCCGAGCAUCUCUCCAGCUUUGCGGUCGAAUUCGAUCUCGGCGAAUCAACCAGGGCGCAUGCCGCGUCCUUUGGACUGGCAACCUGCCCUGUCAAGGCGGGCGACCAAAUAUAUCAGUUCAGCAACACCGACUUCGCCCUUGUAUUGAGACGUGAACAUCCACUUCACGUGUUUCAGAACUCAUUUGUAGACAGGGUGGUGGGAUCUGCGGCUUUGGUGACCGGCCCAAAUGGUGCAGCCCCGUGGAAUCCGUUCAUCAAGUCGACCGACAUUUCCUCCUGGCUCAGGUCUUUUGAGUCGACCCCGGACGAUGGAGCGGCAUAUAAUAGCGUCCGGGCCAACGAAAUCAACGUCGUGCAACUGAUGAAGCUUCUCUCGUUGGUAUGUCCGCCUUAG